AUGAGAGGUGUACCCGCUAUCCUGACCCAUCCCACCGGUAGUCAGAAGGGAUACCUGGUGGAAGACAAGUGCUACGCCGGUCAUUAUCAAGGACAGCAUGGAUUUGUGGCGCAAGAGCAAUGCCAAGGCGGCUUCACUACACAACACUGCCAUGAGACCGUACAGCAAACUGGUCACACCUACCCCGUGAUGACCCACACGGUCACAGAGACGAGUCAGGAACCGGAAGAACGCAGCUCCUUCACUCUAGUCGAUGGCCUCAUAGUGGCAGGCGUUUUCGCUACGGCUUUGGCGUUCUGGAAAUACCGACGAGACCGCCGCCAAGAGCGAGUCUCGAAACGACCCGCGCCCCCGCCGCCUGCUCCCCCCGUAAUUGUGCAGGCGCCUCCAGCGCCGAUGCCGCUGCCGGCGCCGAUGCCGCUGCCGGCGCCGAUGCCGCUGCAGCACACGUGUGCGCCGCCGCCGCCGCAGCACACGUGUGCGCCCCUAGCACACACUUGUGCCUCGGGACAACGAAUCGUCACCUCGGCGCCACGUGCUCAAGAAUACGUAGUCACCGGAUAUGCCUACGUCCCCAACAUGUGA